AUGGCUACGAUUAGUCCUUCUUCUAUCAGCAAAGCCUGGCGCAUUCCUGGAGAUGCUUUUACCGUAAAGAAGAAUGAUUGCUCCAUCAAAUGUUGCUUCUUGCCUAAAGCAGGACAAAGACAUAUACCAUCACCAGCUAAAAGACUAGUCUUGCCUCUUUCUACUUCGCUUAAGUUGUUUCCUACUCACGGAAGACAGUUUGUGCUGCAUCCUCAUCGUAGUAGAGUCACAGGGACUGAUAUUGUAGCGGCAGUAGAGGAACAAGACUCUCCUCCUGUUGCAAAUGAUGAUGCAGCUCUUACUACUACUACAUCUCAGUCAAGGGGAACAGCAAGACCCGGAAGGAAGAGUGAAAUGCCUUCCGUUAAGAACGAGGAGCUUGUUGCUGGUGCUACCUUCACUGGUAAAGUAAGAGCCAUCCAGCCCUUUGGUGCUUUCAUUGAUUUUGGUGCCUUUACUGAUGGACUAGUCCAUGUCUCUCAAUUGAGUGAUACCUUUGUGAAAGAUGUUGCGAGUGUUGUGACUAUUGGGCAAGAAGUGAAAGUGAGACUAGUGGAAGCUGACAUUGAGGCAAAACGUAUCUCUCUUACUAUGCGUGAGAAUGAUGAUCCUCCUAAACGCCAACCUGGUGGUGGUGGAGGGAAGAGGAAUGAUUCAAAAGGAGGGCAGAAGAAGGAAGAUGGGUUCAUCGGCUCAAAGUAUGUGAAAGGGCAGAUGUUGGAUGGUACUGUGAAGAAUCUAACGAGGUCAGGAGCGUUUAUAACGAUUGGAGAAGGUGAAGAAGGGUUUCUACCUACUAAUGAGGAAGCAGAUGAUGGGAUUGGGAGUAUGAUGAUGGGUGGUGGCUCUUCCUUGCAAGCUGGACAAGAGGUUAAGGUUCGUGUGUUGCGGAUAGCUAGAGGACGUGUUACUUUAACUAUGAAAGAGGAAGAUGAUGGUAAGUUUGAUGAAACGCUUAGUCAAGGGGCUGUGCAUACAGCCACUAAUCCGUUUGUGCUUGCUUUCCGUAAGAACGAGGAGGUAGCUGCGUUUCUUGACAAGAGGGAUGGAGAAGCUGAAACCUCUAUCACGUCAAAGAAUGAUGAAUCGGUAUCUGUGUCAUCUGAAGAAAAAAGUGAAGAGGUUGUCUCAUCAGAAACUCCCAAGGCUGAAAAAGAUUCACAGGAGACACUUGCUGCAGCAGCUGAAGUUGAAGAGGUGGAAAAGAUUGAGGAAACGCCAGACGUUCCUUCAGUUCCAGAAACCAAAAAUGAAGAAGAAGUUGCUUGAGCAGCCUUACAUUAAAGAUGACAGUGUCUUGGUAAAGGAUCUGGUGAAGCAAACUGUGGCUACUCUUGGUGAAAACAUCAAAGUCAGGAGGUUUUUCAAGUUCACUCUUGGAGAAGAAGACAACUGAUUGAGAAAAAAUCAGUUUUCAAAUGAGUUUCCUUUUUUGUUUUGUAGACAAUCAUCAGUAUUGUUUUGUUCAUGAAAUAUAAGAUUGUUCCCAUAUGGGCUCAAAGUUCGGUCCAUUAAUAUUGUUGGCACAAUAAAACAAAAGGAAAGAUACAAAUUGUGAUGUGUGA